UUUUCAUAUAUCUCUGGUUCGAGCCUUAAAGGUUUCAAUUUUUUUUUUUUCAGUCUUUCACUUUCUUCGCCGACGUUUCUCUUUUGCCCGGAGGAGUGUGACUAUAUCUUCUCUUCUGUUCUUGAUUUACAGGAAGCAAAAAGCUAAAAAAAAUAUGGACUUUGAUGAUGAACCCAAGCCAAAGGAGGUUGCUAAAACCCGUAGAUUCGCACCUGGCCGUGCCGGGAAGCCUAAACCGAAACCUAAACCGGAACCCCCUGCAGCUAAACCGGAGCAGCCGGCGUCGUCACAAACUGAGUCUGUGAGCAAGAGUGAGCAUGACGUUGAUGCCAAGUCCACUGGUGCUGCUAAGGUUGAACCACCUGAGGUCUAUAAUGGUGCUGUGAAAAUGGAGAUUGAUCCAAAAGUUGAUAAAGAGCCGGAGAUCAUGGAAACUGAGUUGAUUGUGGAAGAACAGCUUCCGUUACAGGAAGAGAAAAUGGAAGAAGAUGAAGAAGAAGAAGAAGAAGAAGAAGAUGUUGUUGUUCGUGAAAUCGAUGUUUUCUUCAAACCGUCUAUUGAUGCUAAUACCGAGCUUUAUGUUCUACAAUAUCCUCUAAGACCGUCUUGGCGUCCAUACGAAAUGGAUGAGCGAUGCCAAGAAGUUAGAGUGAAUCCUUCUACAUCGCAAGUGGAAAUUGAUUUGUCUAUGGAUGUUCAUUCGAAGAACUAUGACUCCACGUUUGGAGUAAAUAUGACUAAGCAGACUUUGAAAACAACUUGGAAGCAGCCUCCUACGUUGGAUUAUGCUGUUGGGGUUCUUUCAGGUGAUAAGUUACAUUUGAACCCUGUUCAUGCUGUUGCUCAGCUUCGACCGUCUAUGCAGUAUCUUUCAUCUGACGGCAAAAAGAAACAAGCAGAAUCCACUGAAGAAUCUGUCGGAACAUCCAAAAAACAGAACAAGGGAGUGCAGGCUUCGACGGAUCAGAAACCAAAUAAUGAAGAUAAUUGGGUUGCACUCACGUAUCAUGGACUUCAGUCCGAAAGUUGCUCCAAAUAUCUUAACGGGAUGAUGUCGAAUGGCAACUCUUCAUUAGAUUUCAACAUGAGCCCGGGCGUUUAUAUCAAUGAACUGUGCCGUGGAGGAAGCAACAAAAACUCUGAAUCGAAAGAAACAUCGAAAAGGGACUUGCUCUCCUUACCACUUAAAGAACGUGUGCAAAAGUUGCUCUGCGAGGGACCACCGCUGCUUCGAUACAGUGUUCUUAAGCAUUAUGCCUCUGAGUUCUCAGACGAGGAUUUCUUAGAGGCCCUCCAAGAAUAUGGCUGGUUAGUUCAAGGUUUAUGGACUCCCAAAACUAGUCUACUAAAACUAGACGGGCCUGUAGGAGCUUCCAGGGAUUAUCUCCUGUGUCUGUUCAGCAAGAAGACAACUAUAAAGUACUCCGAGGUUGAAGCGAUGGGUGGCCUUAAGGAUAAGGCGAAAACUAUGUUGACUGCAUUUGCCAAAGAAAGGCCUCUGCUAAACGAUUGGAAGUUCAAAGAGCCCACUGAUGUCUCAUUCAUAAAAUCCUACCCAGCGAUUGUUACGGAGCAAGAUAAUUUUCUUACGGAAAAGAAAAAGAAGCUAGAGUCAGUAAUGAGUACCCAAGGAGGAAAAAGUAGAGCUAAUAACAGGAGGAAUGUUGUUGGCAAAAAUGCAUCAGUUACAGUUAAACCGGAGGUUCCAACAACCCUCUCUGACAAAGGAGGAAGUUCAAGAAAUACGAUACCUCGUGCUGAUGGACAAACAAUGCCACCGGAACUUGAAAGGGCGUUACCAAAGGCCUUAAAGAAGGUGUUUCAAACUCACAAAGUUUGCAGCUACGAGACAAUCUGCCAAGGACUUAGGGAUCUUGCAGUUUCGACAUCGAAUAAUCCAAAAGCUGAUUCGGGCAUGGCAGUGAAUGUGGCGUUAGCUGUAGAUGCUUACCAAGACGUUCUCCAAAAAGCUAUAAGUGAUGUGGCUGUUGACAUUUACGGCUCUUUUGUCUCUAAGUCGUCUCCAGACCACCCAGAAUAUGAUGCUUUGAGGAGAGUGGUGAUUAAGCUCUUACGUGAUAAUCCACCUGGAACAAGGCUUAUGAAGGCUCAGGUAUUUACAGAAGGCAGGACCGAGCUUAAACGUGAAAUCACCAACAACGAAUACAUAAAGGUGAUGCACGACCUCUGUGAAACCAACUCUUCGGGAUGGGUUUUACAGAAAGCUCGAUGAUGAGUUCUUCAGGAUCAUCACUCACAAAUCAUUAUGACUAGAGAUUGAAAAUUAGAGAAUAGGUUUUCAUAAGGAUCUAUAAAUUUUGAUAUAUCCUGAGAAUUCAUUUUGUAAACGGUUCAGUAAUUUUUGAGAGUUUUUUAGUAUUUAUUUUUCCUCUUUGACAUCAAACAUCUAUUUUUUAUUACUCAACUAGAGUUGGUGAGACAAGCCACACU